GGAGCCGAGCAGAGUCAGGCCUGGGUGGGCUUCGGUUUAUCCUGCUGCACGUUCUGUUCUUUAGGAACCUGCAUGCAACUGAAGCGAAUUCCGAGGCAGUUCUUGCAUGUACGGUCUUUGAUCAAUUUGACUGUGCGAUCCUUCAUGGAUCUGAAAGUUCUCGUUUCUUCCCUGAAUGAUUUUGCUUCGCUCUCUCUGGCCGAAAGUUGGGACAAUGUGGGGCUCCUGGUUGAGCCAAGCCCUCCCCAUUCUGUCCGCACCCUCUUCUUGACCAAUGACCUCACAGAGGAAGUGAUGGAAGAAGCCCUGCAGAAGAAGGCAGAUCUCAUUCUCUCUUACCACCCGCCUAUUUUCCAACCACUGAAACGCAUAACGUGGAAAACGUGGAAAGAACGUCUUGUGAUCCGAGCCUUGGAGAACCGAAUUGGCAUUUAUUCUCCCCAUACUGCGUAUGACGCUGUACCUCAUGGAGUCAAUAACUGGCUUGCAAAAGGACUUGGUACCUGCAGCUCUGCUCCCUUGCAGCCUGCAACAGCUUCCAGUUACCCAACAGGGGGGUCUUUUCGCGUUGAGUUUAGUGCUUGCCCUGACGACAACCUAGACACAAUUUUGCCCACUCUGCGUGGGGUGCCAGAGGUGUCGCUCAUCACAACUGUUCCCGCCAGGGUUGAAGGGGAAGAGCAGACACGAGUCAGCGUGAACUGCACCCAGCAAGCCUUGCUGCAAGUGGUGGCCUUGCUCUCCCAGAAAAGUCUUCUCUAUCAAAAGACUGAAAUCAUAUCAUUACAGAAGCCUCUUCUUGAAGAUACUGGCAUGGGACGUUUGUGCGCACUGAAGGAGCCAGCCUCUAUUUCUGUCUUGGUUGAACGAGUGAAAAGCCACUUAAGACUGUCUCAUAUUCGCCUAGCCCUUGGAGCUGGAAAAUCAUUGGAAUCCCAGGUGAAGGUGGUUGCCCUUUGCGCCGGCUCAGGAAGUAGUGUUCUGAAAGGCACAGAAAGUGAUCUCUACCUGACAGGAGAGAUGUCCCACCACGAUGUACUGGAUGCCGUUUCCAAAGGGAUAAGUGUGAUCUUGUGCGAGCACAGCAACACUGAGCGAGGCUUUCUGCUGGAGCUGCAAAAGGAGCUGACUUCGCACUUUCAGAACAAGAUCUGUAUCGUAGUUUCUGAGAGAGACAGAGACCCCCUUCAAGUGGUAUAGCAAAAGUGUGAGGUCCAGAACUUCAGACUGUAUUUAUCAGAGGCUUAACAUACAAAAAUAUAAAGCGGGAGAGGCCCUGGUUAAAAGCACAAUAUGGUUUUCAAAGUGCUAGGGAUAACCUGCAUGGAAAUAAAUGGCUGGCUGACAA